AACUUGCACAAGUCAAAGACAUAAAAACUGCAUUGCAAAAAGGCAGUAAAUAUAAUAAUCUUGUGAAAAAUUAUAGAGACUAUCUAAAGAAAUUGCAAGCUGAAAAAAAUCUGAAUGAUUAUAUUAAGAUAAUUGUAGUCAAAAUAUUUCUGAAUGAAAAGACAUAUACUCUAAGGCUAGAAAAUUAUUAUAAAAGAUAUACAGAUAAUGAUUU